AUGCAGCUCCCACUCCCCGCAUGGUAUCGGUCGCCAAUGACCCAAGUGGUCAUGGUCGGCAUUACCUGUUUCUGCACGGUCGGCAUGUUCAGUGCCGUGUCUAACCUCGGAGCCGGAGGAACUCAAGAUGUCGCGCUCUCCGACAUGUCCAACGGUGUUCUCUACGGCUGCUUCGCUAUCAUGGGUCUCUUUGCAGGUGGUGUCACGAACAUGCUCGGCCCCCGCGCUACCAUCUUCAUCGGCUCCCUCGGUUAUGCGCUCUACAUUGGCUCGCUCUGGUGCUUCCAGACCCAGGGAACACGGUGGUUCGUCGUCUUCGCGGGUGCUAUCCUCGGCAUUACGGCCGCUCUCCUCUGGUCCGCCCAAGGCGCGAUCAUGAUGUCGUACCCACUUGAGAAAGAUAAGGGCAAGGCGUUCGGUAUCUUCUGGGCUAUCUUCCAGUUCGGUUCGUUCAUUGGCGCUGUCAUUGCACUUGCCAUCAACAUCAAGUCUGGCGGCCUCUCUGCUGUGAACACCGGAACCUACCUCGCCUUCAUCAUUAUCAUGUUCGUCGGUACCGCGUCGACCGUGCUCCUCCUGCCGCCGGCCUCCAUUGUCCGUGCGGACGGCUCGCUCGUCAAGGUCCAGAAGGCAUCGUCCCCGCGUGAGGAGAUCAUGUCGUUCAUCUCCCUCUUCAAAGACUGGCGCAUGCUCGCGCUCACGCCCAUGUUCUUCGCGUCCAACUACUUCUACGCCUACCAGGGUGCCGUGAACGCGUUCUACUUCGACGGCCCGACUCGUGCAGUCAACGCCACUCUCGAGGGUGCCGGUGCGAUUAUCGGCGCGCUCAUCAUCGGUAUCUUCAUCCUCGACGCGCCCCGCUUCAAGCGUCGCACUCGCGGCUGGCUAGGUCUCGCUUUCGUGACCAUCUGCACCAUCGUUAUCUGGGCGUGCGCGCUCAGGUGGCAGGUCACCUUCACCCGCUCGAGCAACCUCACGAAGAUGUCCUACCACGACAGCGACUACGCAUCGAAGGGGACGCUCUACUUCUUCUUCUACUUCGGUGAUGCCGCAUACCAGGCGCUCGCGUACUGGAUCAUGGGUGCGAUCACCAAUGAUCCGUUCAAGCUCGCUCGCUACGCCGGCUUUUACAAGGCCUUGCAAUCCGCGGGUUCUGCCGGCUCGUUCGGUAUGGAUGCCGUUGCUACGCCAUUCCUUAACGAGCACCUUGCCAGCUGGGUCAUGAUGCUCGUCUCCUUGCCGCUCGCCGGUCUCGUCAUCUACAACGUCCACGACACGUCCUACCAGGAUGAGAAGACCGUGUUCGUUGACGACGUCAAGAAUGAGAAGGCGGAGGAGGGAACCUCGACACCCGUCGACGAGAAGGAGCCGGUCCCGGAUUACUCUCCGUAG